GCGCACGAGUUUGCGCAAUGCGCUCCUAUCACCGCCAGAAAAUAUUCCAAAUAUUUUAACUGCAAGCACAGAGAUGAGGGGAGACAGAUAGCGGAGUGCGGAGGGAGUGAAAAGCGAGAGGUGCAAGUGAGCUAACAAGCUAACUAGCUAUAGACAGUGAAGGGGGGCAUAUUAGAUGUGACAGUGGAGAAUGGAGAGGACACCGUACGCUCGGCGAGUUUUGUCCACAGAAAGGGUACUCAAACUCGGUCUCUACCGACCAGGGGGCGUGUGCUGAAACUGGAGAAACACCGGGUGGAAAGUAAGGAAUGGCUGAUCCUCUGCGGAGGACUUUACUAGCAAAACUUCGGGGGAAGAAAUCCAAGAAUGGGACACCGGUUGGUGGAUACGGAGCUGCAGCUAAUGGGUGCAGAGAAGGUAAAGAAAAAGUUUCUCAAAACCCAAACGGACAAGCUCAUCGAGUAGUAAUGUUCGCAGAGUUGCAUUGUGUGGCAGACAAUAUCAUGAGAGGCAACGAGAGUUAUGUGAAUGGGAUUGUAGAAAACAAGGUUGGAUCAGUUUGGGAGCAGAGCACGGUAGGAGUUGUUAAGACUAGUGUGUUUCCCCAGGAGUACGAGGCUCCAGCUACAAUGCACAUAAACACUAGCCGGGGGCCGGGAGACAAUCAGGGCAGCGGGGGCUCGGGGUUUAGGAGUCGAGUUAAUGAAGAACUCUUGGGGGUCUCACUUCAAAUAGCAACGCAGUACGGGGGGCACGAUAGGUACGAGAUGGGCAGAAUCCCUAACGGCUACUUCUCGAGACAAGUACAACAAGAACAGAUCGGGAAACCGCACGAACAGAGAAAACACUUUGGCCCCAUUCCGCGACAGUACGGCGCAGGGGACUCCAUAGGUUUCGGUGGCAGUAGUCCUAAUUAUAACAUUAUAUACCACAGACGGCCUGGUGUUGUAGAUCGAGAGGGAGUUAAACUGACAGGUGGCCACUAUCCUGCUUCAAAAAGUAAUGGGACAAAUGUCUGCUUUGACGCAUAUCUAAAGACUCGAGUCAGCGACGGGCAGGCAGACUCCUGCCAUCAAACUGUGUACAACUACAAGGCAGAGAACGCGCAGAGGUCAAUAAAUUAUUUAAAAGGCAAGGCAAAAUUGCAUCCUGGCCACAACCAAAUAUUGGAAACAAACGUUACAACUAACUGGAUGCAAAUGUAUCCGCUGGGUGCCCUAUGUGGACAUCAUCCGACCGGUAGUUACACGGAGGAAAACAUUGUUAUUAGAGACAUCGAGCGCUACCGGAGCUCGCCUGAAUUUACCGGGGACAACAUUAGGGUGACACAUUUGCAGAGCCCCACAUUCUUCCCCACUGAAUUGGAGAUAUGCGACGUAAACGUGGCUUCCCAUUUCAUAUGCGCUAGAGAGGGAACACUCCGAAACAACUCUAUAGAUAGCGAGGAUAACGAUUACUAUGAUAACGAAAUUCUCCCCUUUUACAUAUCGGAGUCAGUAGGACCAAGUGACAGAAAGGGCUCUGAUAAAGUAGGAAGCAUAGAGUCGGGAAUAGAUGUUCCAAAAGGACAUGUCAUCAGUGACAGUGUGCAGGAGACAGACAGACUACACAGCCAGUUGAAAGAGGCAUAUUACCUACUUAUAAACGCCAUGCAUGAUAUUAGUUUUGAUGGUCAGGUCAGUGUCAAUGGAUUUAAAGAUCAGAAGAGCAUGUGCUCGUGGUCCUCCUUCAAGCACGUGGGCAGUGAUGCUUUGUCAUCUGGAGAGUACAGUGCCCAACAGGUGUCUGACAUGGACUCGCUCCCAUUGUGCCUGCUGAGUGAAAAUAACACUAAUUUAAUUUGCAAGAGCCUUGUAAACCUAUCUGCUAGCAGGAUUAGGGCCCCCUUACUGCGAUCCACUAGUGACGGAACUAUCAAACACUCCAGUGGCGUGCACAAUGGGCCCUGUAUCCAGGGCCUCGGUUCCCAAAGCCCUUUGGUUGUUGGGGCCUGUGAGGAUGGGGAUGGAGCAAAUAGGCCGAAGGCUGUUGGAGCCUCUGACCCAUUUGAGAAACAGACUAGCUACGAUGGUGGCGCGAGCAGCGACGGCCUACUCCAAGACACCGGUGACAAUGGCAAGUUAAAUGAGAGUAGAGGCUCGGUCAACAGCCUUACCGGGUCGUCCGACAAUGCAGAACCCCAGCAGGGUGGUAACAACAAUCGGGACAGAGAGAUGAGCGGUUGGACUCUGGACAAGGGAGGCUCUGCCAAGGCCCACGGUGUCACCGUCAACAAGAUGCAGGAGUGGAUGCACAAAGGCCGCCUACUGUCAUCUGAGAUGAAGCAGCGCAUCGCAGGGUCCACGCCCCAACCCCAUGGUGCUCAUGGUGGCCUGGAUAGGGCACCACGGCCCAGACAGGGCCAGGUCAGCUCAGGACCAGGUGGUUCUAAACCAGAAGCCCUGACGACCAGAUUUGACAGGGCUAAACCAGCCGCAGUGGUCUCAUGCCAGGGCCAGGCAACACAGAAGUCAGCUCUGAUAGAAAAUGACCACUCCUCCAACGGCCUUGAUGUGGACGGUGGCAAGGCUGUCGAGACGUCGCUAUGGAGACCCCCGCUCAACACCAUUACCGUCUCCAAGAAACGUAACUGGCUCCAGCAGAGCUCUGGGAGGCCGCGUCACGCCACGGACGAACCCCAGUACCUUCUGGGAGCAGAGGAAUACAAUGGACACGGAAAAGCUCCACUCCCCCCUCUUAGCCCCUCCCCAGAGAACCUAAACCCUCCCGGGCCAACCUUAUCCCACCCAUUCCACCUACACCUGCCCCUCGUUAGAAUGGGCCACGCCUGUGUGGCGCCUCGUUCCAGGUGUGUGGAACCGACUGAGGAGAAUGAUGCGGACGAUGAGGGGGAGAUCUGGUACAACCCCAUCCCUGAGGAUGAGGAACCAGAGCUGCAUCACAGCCACAGACCCACUCCCACCCCCCAGGUCAGGCUGAUGGUCCAAACACGGCCCCAGGAUCCUCACGUCCCCCAGACCCAGAGGAGGCCCAGCAGGGGAGAGGAGGUUGGGGUCAGGCGGGCCCUGGAGGGAUGCAGCCCUAACCUGGAGGGUGUGGGGGAGAGCAUGGGUUGCGGAGGUGGAGAGCGGAGUCAGCAGGGGAUUGCCAUGCGUUGCAUGGGGCCGUCUCUACAUCUGCAAAGACAGAUGCUGCUCACGUGCAAACCUCAAGAGUGGCCAACCAUUUCCAGCAGAGCCACAGCUACAGCAGAAGCCCCUGAAAUGGCCAUCCCUGACUUCCCGCCGCCCUCAGGCCUCAACCCUGCCAAAAAGGGAAGCUCCCUCAACUGGUCAUUCCCGGACAGGAUCAAGUCUCCACGCACUGUCAGGAAACUCUCCAUGAAGAUGAAGAAGCUUCCAGAACUCAGCCGCAAGCUCAGCGUAAAAGGGACCCCUAGCAACAACAACAGCAGCUGCAACGGAGCCAGCGAGAGCAGCAUCUUAAAGACAAGGACCCAGUGUCCCAAAAACAAUUACGGGUCAGAACCAGGCCCAGCUCCUCCCAGGUUGUCCCCAAGGGGUGGGCAGGGGGCGGUGGCUAGCCAUAAUGUGAUCUCGAGGUAUCACCUGGACAGCAGUGUGUCGACGCAGCAAAGCUACAGCAAGAUGAAGAGCAGCGGGACCUCCAAGUCGGCUAGCAAGGGGGGCUACCUCAGUGACGGGGACUCCCCAGAACUGGUGACCAAGUCUGGGAAGCACGGGUCCUCAGAGGCCAAGGGAGGCAAUGGGAAGGAGAAAGACCCAGCCACUGGCGGAGGAGAGAGAACAGGAGCUGGAGGAGUAACAGGAGGAAGUGGCAGCCCCAGGCUGCAUGGCACAGAACUAGACAUUGACGCUUUCCGCCACUACGCCUUCACAGAACAGCCUAAGUGCACCCAAUACAUCUCGGGCCUGAUGAGCCUGCACUUCUACGGCGCCGAGGACCUCAAGCCACCACGCUUCGACUCCCGAGACGUCUACUGUGCCAUCCAGGUGGAUUCGGUCAACAAGGCGCGCACUGCCCUGCUCACCUGUCGGACCACCUUCCUAGACAUGGACCACACCUUCAACAUUGAGCUGGAGAACGCCCAGCACCUGAAACUAGUGGUGUUCAGCUGGGACCCCACACCCAAGAAGAACCGGGUGUGCUGUUACGGCACAGUGGUGUUACCGGCACUCUUCAGGGUGACCAGGAGUCAUCAGCUGGCGGUGAAGCUGGAGCCUCGAGGCCUGAUCUACGUGAAGCUGAACCUGAUGGAGCAGUGGCAGAACUCCCUGGAUGGAGGCUACAAUGGGGACCGGGAGCCACAGAUGUUUGGGGUGGAGGCCUGGAGGGUGGUUGUGAGGGAAAAUACAGGACUCAUGCUGCCCCUGCUCAUUGAGAAGUGCAUCACGGAGAUCGAGACGAGAGGCUGCCAGGUUGUGGGCCUCUACCGUCUGUGUGGCUCAGCAGCAGUAAAGAAGGAGCUGCGGGAGGCCUUUGAGAGGGACAGCCUAGGCGUGGAGCUCUGUGAAAACACCUACCCUGACAUCAACGUCAUCACAGAGUCUUCCUGCCAUGUCACCUUCAGUCAACCAAUGAAUACAGAUUCCGGGAAUAGACAGUUAAGAGAAAAAUACUUGCUCAUGGAUUUCUCCCACCGGAAAAAAAGAGGAAGACCAUGGAAUCCCUUGGGCAUUGUGGGAUUGGGAAGAGGCCCAUAGGAGUCCUCGUAUGAUGCCUGCUUUGAUCUGAAUGCAUGGCAGGGCAAAGAACACAGUUAACAGUUGAGUGGGUCAUUAAAAAAAGGGCCAACACUAGCGUGGAUUGUUGGUUUUUGCUUGCUGCCUAAAUUUGCUCUGCCGAGCAUGAGGCUGUUGUAGAUGGGCUGAGGGAGUGGCGUGAGGAAGGGUGGUUGUCCUGGGCUGGGUCAGGCUGGGCAGAGAGCGGUGGUAGAUAUGGGGGUUGGUGGUUUGAGUGGAGUCAGGCCAGCCAGAGAGAGAGAGAGAGAGAGAGAGACAGAGAGAGAGAGGGAGAGGCUAAUAAGCAUGCCAAAUGUAUGAGCUAAGAGGAGUCGGUGAGGGCUGGCUUGUCACACGGCUAAUUUAAAAGGCAGAGGUAGUAAAAAGGAAGACCAGGUCAAAGUUUAAGCCAGAGCUUGCAAAACAUGUGCACUGCCUGGCCUUCCUUUGUUUCAAACCUGGAUCCCAGACAAAGUUACCAACUUCAGCAAACAGCCUCAUCAUGGUUGUCAUGUUCUGAAUACAGAACAGUAGCUGACAUAAAUUAACUGAAUUUAUUUAGCUAACUCUUUUUGUAUCAGCAGAUUUUCUGGGGUUAGAUUUUCCUUGCACUUUCAGUUUCACCCCAUAAAGUUUUUGCUAUGUACAUUCAGACGUUUUUUUGUUGUUGUAGGUUAACAUGUAGUCAAUAGACACAUAGACAACGGGAGUCUGGACUUUGCAGAUCUGUACUGUAAUUGAAUCAGAGUCUGUGUUAACAGCUGGGAUGUGGCUUAAAUCAGGGAGGGAGGUGGAGGGGGGCAGACGCGCGAUCUCUCUCUUAGCCCUCUUUGACUAGGGGACAAUUCCUCCAGGGCUGGGAGGCUUUGGCAGGACCCAGUGUCCACAGACCCACCCUCCAGUCCCCCAGCCCUCCAGUCACCAGCCCCUUUAGACAGUAGCACAGAUGGAGGGACAAGCUGGUCAUUUUACUUUUAGUCACGGUUGUGUGUUUUCAGUCCACCAGGCAGGGAUUACCUCUGACUCGUCUGGUCCCGCUUGUAGAAUCCGUAAUGCUUAACCAAGGGAGGCAGUAAAGAGAGGCCUACUGGGUCAUUAACAUCAUCUGCCAUUUUGAAGUUCUUCUUGCAGUAGAAUUUAUUUUUAGUCUAUGUAACAUAGCUAGGAGCCUAUACAAGGAUCCCUUGUGUGGUGUUCAUGUUUUUGUUAUUCACCCAAAGUUCACAGGUCUGAUGGACCCAAUACAGAAUUUUUGUAAAAAUACCUAAUACUUAGAUGUUGUCUUAUACCAAUUACAAGCAAUAUAGACAGCAUACAUGGUUAGUAUGUGCAAUUUACCUCUGCUAGAUCACAUUUAUCAAUAAAAGCGCAGUUUUUUUUUUUUUUUAGAUAAUCAAAACAUGGGUGGAAUAAAUCAUUAUCUUGAACAAAUAUAAAUGAAACAAGGUUUAUCACUAUUGAUGUUUAUUGCUUUGAUCUGAACAAAUUGGAAGGACAAAUUUUACAUAGUGUUUUAUGGAAAUGAUAAAUGAGCCCCAUUGAACACAAAUUAAGGCUGGUCUAUACACCACAUGCAGGACAGAGUUUUACUGUGUGUGGUUGCAAAUGUAUUUCUUGCACUUGAUGCAUGUGUACUGCGUCUUCCUGUCUUUCUUGGGUCCACACACAUCGCAGCGCUUCUUUUUGUUGCUACCGGAUGCAAUCUACAAUGAUGAAAAUGCUUAGUUCAGGACUUUUACUAACAUCUCACUCACAUACAUAGUUACAGCAAGCCAAGGUAGGAGAUUCAGACACACACACAUGCAACAACAUCACUCACACCAGCAUCCUCCUCCUGAAACCUCCUCACGAUGGCUGCAGAAGCUGGGGUCCUUGGGAUAUGUUGCCUCCUCUGGAUUUGAGGUCUUACCAAUGACUUGCCCAGCUCCCCAAGAAAGAGCCGUCUCCUCUGGAGCUUCCCCCUGUUCCAAUCUGUGUUCAAUGUCAUUCAGAUGACAACCGCGUUGAAGAUGUUGAAGAAUAUCACAAGUGGCCACCGUAGGGUUCUUCUUUUGCAACUGUAGCCAGUCAACAGCUUGUCUAAGUUGUCCACCCCUCCUUUUGUGGCAUUGUAAUCCAUUAUGAUUUCUGGUUUCCUGGCCACACAGACUCUCCCAUCCCUAUGCAGCGUACUCAUGAGUACCACAUUUUUGCCUUUCUUUGGCACAUAGGACACUAGGGACGUGUCAGCCGUGAACACAAACUCAGAGGAAUAAAUCGGCCUGUUCGUGUAUUUAACAUGCUGAUAGAAAUGUUGU